AUGAAAAACAUUCCGGGGGGUCACAAAUUGUUCGUUCAGGAUAAAGAAGUUGCGACUUUAAUCGAAAAUCUUUACAGUAAAUUAAAAUUAGCAUUGAUAAAGAAAGAAGAGGGAAAACCGACGGCUUUACUCACGCACCUUCGUAAAAUCAACGAACACCUCGCGAAGAAGGACACUCGCUUUCUCACGGGGGACACGAUGUGUUGUUUCGACUGCGAACUGAUGCCACGUCUCCAACACAUUCGAGUCGCCGGAAAGUAUUUUGUCGAUUUUGAAAUCCCCGGAGAGCUCACGGCUUUGUGGCGUUACAUGUAUCACAU